UAAAAUCAUGAAAAAUAGCAUUUCACCAUCUUCUUCUUCAAAACCCUAUUGUCUACCGGCGCCGCGAACCACAGCAGCAUGGUGCACGUUUCAUACUAUCGCAAUUAUGGGAAAACCUUCAAGAAGCCACGUCGUCCAUACGAGAAGGAGCGUUUGGAUGCUGAGUUGAAACUCGUCGGAGAGUACGGUCUUCGGUGCAAGAGAGAGCUAUGGAGAGUUCAAUACGCUCUUAGCCGUAUCCGUAACAAUGCAAGGAAUCUGUUGACAUUGGAUGAGAAGAAUCCUCGUCGGAUCUUUGAGGGUGAAGCACUUCUAAGGAGAAUGUUUAAGCAUGGUCUUCUUGAUGAAACUCAGAACAAGCUUGAUUAUGUCUUGGCUCUUACUGUUGAGAAUUUUCUUGAACGCCGUCUUCAGACUCUUGUGUUCAAAUCUGGAAUGGCUAAGUCUAUUCAUCAUGCUAGGGUUCUUAUUAGGCAGAGGCACAUCAGGGUUGGAAGGCAAGUGGUGAACAUUCCAUCAUUCAUGGUGAGGGUUGAUUCACAGAAGCACAUUGACUUUUCACUUACAAGUCCUUUUGGUGGUGGUCUUCCUGGUCGUGUGAAGAGAAAGAACGCCAAGGCUGCUGCUAAGAAGGCUUCUGGUGGUAGUGGAGACGAGGAGGAUGAAGAUUAGAUUAUGUGUUUCUGAUACUUAAAUCCUUUGCAUCAGGCUUUUAAUCUCUGUCUUUUCCUAAAAUGUUAUUUUUGUACUUUUCAUCUCCAAGUAUUAAGUUUUGUUCAAAUACCUUUAAUGAUCUCUUAGAUUUAAUUUAAGACUCAAUGCUUAAUGGUUUUUUGAGAAUUUAGAAUUGUGAAAUUUGAAUCAAGUUUUGUUCAAAUACCCUUAUGGUUAAUGGCUUUUAAUCUCUGUCUUUCCAUGA